UGCCAUAUUUCUUUAGGUUUGCUUUGAUAAGAAUCUCUCUUUUCUUAUCCUUACAGCUUCUCUCUUUCACCUCCAUAUAUAUAUACACACACAGUGGUCUAAUAAUUAUUAGAAGUGAGAGAUGGAGGAUUAUUUGACACCUGGGUUUAGGUUUUACCCUACUGAGGAAGAAUUGGUUUCUUUCUAUUUGCAUAACAAGCUUGAAGAUGGAAGAGAUGAUUUGAAACAAGUGAUGGAUCAAAUCAUACCCGUUUUGGAUAUUUAUGACUUCAAUCCUUGGAAUCUUCCACGGUUUGCUGGAGAGGUGUGUGGGAGAGACGAAGAGCAAUGGUUUUUCUUCGUACCAAUGCACGAGAGUGAAGCGAGAGGAGGGAGAGCAAAGAGAUUGACAAUCACUGGGUAUUGGAAAGCUACUGGUUCUCCAAGCCAGGUUUAUUCCUCAAACCAUAGAAGCAUUGGAGUUAAAAGAACUAUGGUUUUCUACAAUGGAAGAGCUCCCACAGGAACAAAGACUCAAUGGAAGAUGAAUGAAUAUAAAGCCAUUCAUGUCGCAGCUGACCCGUCUUCUUCUUCCUCGGCCACCGCUGUUUUUCAAUUGAGGCAAGAAUUCAGUUUAUGCAGAAUCUACAAGAGAUCCAAAACUUUGCGGUCAUUUGAUCGACGACCGCAGGCACAAGGGGUAGAGACGAUGGCUCGAUCUAUCGCUUCGAAUGUACAAGUAGCAAUGACCAAGUCACUGUGCUUCACCAAUCAGCCUAACCCAACCACCGGGGCCGACCUGUUAACUGCAGUGAUUAGCUCACCGAACAACUCUUCAUCGGGUGAUCAGCGUGACGAGUCGUCUCGAACAACUGCAGAAAUUAGUAACCAGGUCGACGUAAGGAUCAUGGAGGCUGCUUAUGAGCCGAUGUGGGAUUGGGAGCAGUUGAAUUGGUUCUGAAAAAAAUGUGAUAACAGGGUACGUGUUUAAAUGAUCAUAUAGUAAAUUAGCAUAUCAAGACUAAUUAGUAGAGAGAUCAAUAGCGCCGAACGCUAAGGAAAUCUACUCAAUUUAAUUUGAAUUAUCUUUUUAAUUGAUAUUGUAAGGUUCUAAGUUAUUGCCACUGCGUCAAUUAUUUUAAUUAUCUUCUAAACAA